AGCGAAUCAGAGACGCAAGAGCCGCCCGGCGCUGCGGAGCGUCGGUCAGAGCCCGAGGAAUACGCCGGCGCCUGCGGCCUAAGCCGAUAUAUAUCAGUCGCUCCCCCCCCCCGCCCCCCAUCCGCGAGGGAUUGGUUCUGGGACCCCUCGUAUACCAAAAAACGCGGAUGCACAGGUGCCUUAUUCAACCUGACUCAAUGCUCUGGACCUUGGGACCCAGCAGAACCCCAGACCUUAUUUAACCUGUCCCAGUGCGGUGGACAUUAGGAUCCAGCAGCAGAGCUCUGAAUCCGCAGUGUUUCUGUUCACGAAAAUAAUCACAAUUGAAAAUAAAGUGGAAAUAAUAAAGCGAUCGGAAAGAGGUGAAACGCCAUCGGUCAUUGAAAAAGCGUGAGGCCAUGUCAGGCAAUGAUCAGAACAAUUUUAAAGGAUAAAGUGAGAAAGGCUGUGCCCCGAUGAAAGCUACAAUUAUUACUAAGCAAUGCAGUGGUUUAAUUAUUGGGUUUUGGGUUUUUGAUCCUCCACGUCAACCCGGCAUGGUGGAGAGCACACUCAGAAGUGGUCUGUCACUGGAUCAAACUCAGAGACUUCAGUUCCCAAGCCCGGCGCUGAAACAUAUGUUCUUAAGUGUUUUAUACGCAUUGAAAGGUACAUAUCAGGGAUCUAGUCAGUUGGGCUUUUCUGGUUCUACCUGACCAAGACACACCACGAGGCUCUUAAUUAAGAGCAUGAGCAGAGGUGGUGGCGGUGACAGAAGAGCACAAAGAGGUAAAGCAAACAGCUCUCGCCAGUACAACCGUUACAAUCACCCACACGAGCAGUCCAACUACAUUCAGCCGGCGCCUAGUUCCUUUGGUCGAGGAGCAGGAAUCGAUCAAUUCCGAAACCAGCAGAUUCUGUUUCUCACUGGGCAAGCUGCGCAAGCCCCUACCUUUGUGCUGCAGCAUCAGCUGUACAGGUACCCAGUAUACUCCCCACAGAAGCAACGAGACUUCCGUCCAGCAGCUCACAGUUCUCCACCAAGACCCAAACACAUAAGCCACGGCAAAGUCUGCUUGCAGCCUGUCACUUAUCCCCACCCGCCUGCUGCCCCGGCCCAGAAGGGGACCAAGAGCUCAACGUCAGUUGAUAAUCUGAAUAAACUGUUUUCCAAUUUAUGUAAUAUCUCCCUUGGUGGAAGUGUUCAGCAAGAGAUAAUCUGUGUUCUGGGAAAGCUUAAACCGGGGGAAAGCAUACCAGCACGUAAAAUAGCCAAGCAACUUAACAUUCAAAAAAAAAUUGUCAACCACAACCUGUACAAGUUGUUGGAGGGAAGGAGUGUGAGGAAGGAGGGAACUUCGCCCCCACUGUGGUGUCUUGCUGACGCUGCGGAGGCCACUGUGAGGUCUGAAAGUGGGCAGUCAGCUCUGGAGAGCUGUGCCGUGACGCUCCCCGUCAAGGAAGAGAAGCCGGAAUCCGACGGUGAAGACAGUGUGACUGAGCAGUCCAGCAUGGAGGACAGUGAGAACAACAGGGACAAAAUCUUCCACUUCCUCUUGCAGAAGAGCAAGGCAACAGCCCUGGAGAUUGCCAAGAACAUCGGGCUGAAGUCAGCCCGGCAGGUCAACCCCACCCUCCACAUGCUGGAAAAUCAAGGUGACCUCGACAAGGAGGUAGCCCUCCCGCCCAUUUGGACACUCUCGGAUCGGAAAAGGGAGGUUCUGCUGCGGAAGAAGAAGGUGCACGAAAUGAGCACGACCGUUCCGGUGGCAAUCAAGUGUGAGAGUGGUGUUACACAAGAAGAGGUUGCAGCGGUCAUAGUCCUCGAAGAGAGCAGCAUUGGGAAUGGGCAACCGGUCGCUCCCAAAAGGGAGGAAAAUGACAUGGAGCCAAUGUUACCCACUGAGCCGUUGAUACCCGACAACAAAACCAGAGAGACUAACAAAGUUAAUCAUGCUGGGCCGAACUACUACGAUAACAUUGUGGGAAGUUGCCAGUGGGCAUCCGAUGAUAUUCCCGAUGACCUGAACAUCAUAAACCGGGUGAGCGCGGCCGGUGAGGUGGUUGGCCUCCCACAAGGUGUGCUGGCGGGCAAGCCCAGCGGCGACCAGCACCCGGUGCUCUCACCGACAGAACGGCUUCGUGCGUGCUUAGCAAAGAAUCCGGUGAGCGGCCUCAUGGAGUACUCGCAGGGUGCGUCGCUGCAGUGUGAGUUCAUCCUCCUUGAUCAGACAGGCCCAUCACAUGACCCACGGUUCAGGAUGCAGGCCGCUAUAGAUGGCAGGAAGUUCCCCCCAGCUGAAGCCAAUAGCAAGAAGACCGCAAAGAAAGACGCAGCAACCAAUGCUCUGAAGGUGCUGCUGAAGGAGAUGCUCGGUGAAGACAUCGAGAUUCCUCCUCCUUCGCCGCAACAGGAACCUAUGGCGACAUCGGAGUGCCCAACUGCUCUGAAUGAAGCCAAGAAUGAACCGUGCACUGCUUCUCAACCGACGCUGCCUGCCGGGAAGAACCCUGUCUGCAUGUUGAUGGAGUACGCACAGAAAUCAGGCAAUGCCUGCGAAUUCCAGCUUGUUUCGCAAAGUGGGCCUCCCCACGACCCCAGAUUCACCAUCAUGGUCAAAUUGGGCAAUGAGACCUUUCCCGCUGCCACAGCAAACAGCAAAAAACUGGCCAAGAUGUUGGCAGCAAAGACGGCUGUCCUCCUCCUCCUCGGGAAUUCUCCUCAGUUUCCUGCAAGGCCCUCAGACAUGAACACAGAGAAUUCGGUUGCACAGAGCCCCGUUCCAACCCUGGUGCCAAUGGACUUCGACACUGCCCAGUCGGGAGGCCUGGGUGAACUGAUCACCUACCUGAAUAAGAACCCCAUCGGCGGCCUUUUGGAAUACGCACGCUCGAAAGGCUUUGCAGCAGAGCUCAAGAUGAUCGAUCAGUCGGGCCCACCGCAUGACCCAAGGUUUACCUACCAGGCAAAGGUUGGGGGCCGCUGGUUCCCUCCGGUGAGUUCAAGCAGCAAGAAGCAGGCAAAACAGGAAGCGGCAGAUGCUGCGCUCCGUGUCCUCAUUGGCGAAGGUGAGAAGGCAGUGCGGACUGGAGAAUUCAGCUCUGAGCUGCCCAUGUCAGGAGGCACGAUGCACGACCAGAUUGCCAUGCUCAGCCACCAGUGUUUCAACAAUCUGACUGCCCGCAUUCAACACAGCCUGCUGGGCCGCAAGAUCCUAGCCGCCAUCAUCAUGAAGAAGGCCGAUGAGGACCUGGGGACCACAGUCAGCCUGGGCACAGGUAACCGAUGCGUUAAAGGCGAAGAGCUGAGUCUCAAAGGAGAAACUGUUAACGACUGUCAUGCUGAGAUUAUCUCACGGAGGUGCUUCAUAAGAUUUCUGUACAGUGAACUGUUGAAGUACAACCCCAAAUCUCCAGGUGAUAGCCUUUUCGUGCCAGCACAGGACAACAGGUUACAGAUUAAACCAGGAGUAACAUUUCAUCUCUACAUCAGCACCGCCCCGUGUGGAGAUGGCGCCCUGUUCGACAAGUCGUGUAGCGAGCCGCCAACGAAAGAAGGAGACCAUUCGCAUCACCCGCUGUUCGAGAACACAAAACAGGGCAAACUGCGUACCAAGGUGGAGAAUGGUGAAGGGACCAUCCCAGUGGAGUCCAGUGACAUAGUGCCGACAUGGGACGGGAUUCAGCAUGGCGAGAGGCUCCGCACCAUGUCCUGUAGCGACAAGAUCCUGCGCUGGAAUGUGCUGGGCCUUCAGGGGGCGCUGCUGUCACAUUUCAUCCACCCCGUCUAUCUUAGUUCCAUUACCCUGGGCUACCUGUACAGCCACGGGCACCUGGCACGCGCAGUCUGCUGUCGCAUGUCCAGGGAUGGUGAUGAGUUUCGAAAAUCUCUACCUUAUCCAUACACGCUGAAUCAUCCGCAGAUUGGCCGGGUCAGCGUGUAUGACUCGACGCGGCAGACUGGGAAAACGAAGGAGUCUAGCGUGAACUGGUCCCUGCCGGAUGGGUCUGAGGUGGAGGUCCUGGAUGGAACCAAAGGGAAAGUGGAUGGACCCCAGCUGGACAUCUCCCGCGUGUCCAAAAGCAACCUGUAUGAUCUGUUCCGCCAGCUGUGUGCCAAGACCGGGCGCCAGGACCUGCUGGGAUUGGCGUCCUACUCGGACGCCAAGAGGGCAGCCGCAGACUUCCAGAACGCCCGGACCCUGUUCUUCAAAGCCUUGGAGCAGAUGAACUAUGGAAACUGGAUCCAGAAGCCUUCAGAGGAGAAAAGUUUCAUGAAGAGCGAGGCGUAGCUCAUCCUUCAAGGCUGCGUUGGGCUGGAUCAGGGAACAAUACUGUACAGAUGUUGUAGAGAGUUUAAACAAACACACACACACACGCAUGCACACAACUUUUAAAGAAAAGUGCAUAUAAUUCCAGAAACUCCUUUAUAAAUCUGUAAAAUGUUUGUAAUCAAAUAUAGUUUAAAUCCAAUGAUAUAGACAAUUUAAAGAGAAUUAGUUGGGUUACGAGUGGGGUGGGGUGGGUGCCUUUUCCACACGCAGUCCUUAGCUCAGGUUGACAGUUCUGCUGGGCAGGAAGGUCCUUGGAGGUUGGAGGGGAUUCCUGCUUCAGCGCGACGGUGUACUCUCUCUGUUUGCGCAGGGUUAAUUCUGAGUUGAGAAAUUUUGUUUAAAUCGUCAGAGCGUUAAUAGGGUCAUAGAACACUACAGCAUGAAAACAGGCCCUUCAGCCCAUCUUGUCCGUGCUGAACUGUUAAUAUGCCCAGUCCCAUUGGCCUGCACCUGGACCAUAGCCCUCCAUACCCGUCCAUCCAUGUACCUAUCCAAAUUUCUUAUAAAUGGCUGAAAUCGAACUGAACCCACAUCCACCAGCAGCUCGUUCUAUACCCUUACCACCCUCUGAGUGAAGAAGUUCUUCUUCAUGUUGCCCUUAAACAUUUCAGCUUUCACCCUUAAGCCAUGACCUCUAGUUCAAAUCUCACACAAUCUCUGGAAAAAAACCUGUUAGCAUUUGCCCUGUCUAUGCCCCUCAUAAUUUUGUAUUGCUCAAUCACGUUUUUCGUUACGAUUGAGUCUUGGGCAUUUAGAAGCAUUUACUUUCCUGUUCCUCUGUUGCUGGGAGAUGGAGGUUGGUAAGAGUUCAGUUCGUGGGGGGUCAACGUGCCAAGUCCUUCCCUAAGACCUUUCCACCACUGUGGAGGCUAAUCAGUGUAAAUUAAUGGCACUGGUCAGACCAAGUGUGAAAAUCACCGCUUCCUGCUUGUAUUUCCUGAGCCUGGACUUUGUCGGUAGUUGUGGGAAAGAUUGAAGGGAUGAAAGCAACCCACUUGACCCGAAACAGGAGUUUGUGGGCCGUGGCAGUCAAAGCUCAAACUGGGCAUGGCACCUGAUGAUGGUGAUGGACCUCCUUGACUGACAUUCCCCGAGUAUGAGGUGUCAGACACCGCUUCACGCCUACUUUGAAUCCCUCCUCCCUGCCUCUGGUUACAGAGUCACUCCCAGCUUUUUGGACUUGUGCUACACUUCUGGCCCCAGGAGACCUUCCUUAUCAGUAGACUGUCACCGAGUCCAUGUUAGUGCCCCUUCAGCCACUUUAGACCACAACAAGGGAGUUGGAGCACCACAGAUUGGGACAGAGGGGCAGAAUUUUGGCCCAGAGCUAAUUAAAGCAUCAGUGAUUUGUUUACAGAAGUUCAAUUCCUUGUAACAUACCAGUGAGGACAGGUCUGUCACUGUAUAACACUGGGGUACGGUACCGGUGAGGACUGGUCUGUCACUGUAUAAUACCUAGGUGCAGUACCAGUGAGGACUGGUCUGUCUCUGUGUAACACCAUUGUUAUGUACUGAUGGGGACAGGUCUAUCACUGUAUAACACCACUGUUACUGGUGGGUCUGUAUAAUUCUGGGGUGCAGUACCUUUCCACUCUGUCUAGGUCAUUCAAUAUUCGACAAGUUUGAGUGAGAUGCUGCUUCAGUGAUUUUAACUCCAGCGAGUGCGUCCCAAAGGCAUCAAAUGCUCCACAUACAUAACCCUUUCAUUCCCGGGAUCAUUCUUAUGAAUUUGCUCCCCAAUGCCAGCACAUCUUUCCAUAGAUAUGGGGCCCAAAACUUUGUUUGUGAAAAUGACAAUUUUUUUUUGCCAUCCAGUUGAAAGUGCCUGUCAGUGCAGAAGCAGCCAGCACCCUCUGUGUGAGGUAACAAAUGGGAGGGAGGGUGGUGCUGAGGGAGGGACAUGCAGAGGGUACCUUCCCCCGAGGUCAGUGGCUGUGCCACGACCCCUGUGGUUUCUGCUUCUUGCCGUCACUAGGUGUGGGGAGUUGUUGCUUUAAA